AUGGAGCUUAUUGAUUACUCAAACCAUGUACAGCAAGAUGAAUGUGCUAUACAGUGCACAUUAGAUUUUUUUCCUCAUUGUGCAAGUAAUGGUGUAACAUAUAUAAAUGAGUGUUUUUAUGAAAGAGCUCGUUGCAGAGAUCCCAAAAUACAGCUUUUAAAGAUACCUGGAAUACCAUGUGGAUUAUGGAGUAAUAUAGAUGCUACAAGAUAUACUGGCUGUGAAAGGCCAUGUGAACCAAUAGCAUUUCCAUUUUGUGGAACUGAUGGUAUUACAUAUCUAAAUGAAUGUGCAUUAAAUGUUGCAUCAUGUGAAAAUCCAAAUAUACAAUUAGCAAGAUUACCAGGUAUUCCGUGUGGUAGUGAUCUUUAUUUAAUAGAAAAUUCAACCGAAUGUAAUCAACGAUGUUCCGAACAUUAUAGACCAUAUUGUGCAAAUAAUGGAAUUACAUAUAACAAUUAUUGUGAAUUCCGUAAGGCUCAAUGUAAUAAUUUAACUUUAUCAAUUGUAGGUUUCCCAGGGAUACCAUGUGAUAGUCAGCUAUUUGAUGAAAAUAUAAUUAAAGAACAACUUAGUAAAUUAAAAUGUUCAAUUUCUAAAAAGUGUAGUAAUUAUGUAUUUCCAGUUUGUGGUAGUGAUGGUAUAACAUAUAGAAAUAGUUGUUAUUUUAAAAAAGCACGAUGUAAAAAUCCACUUCUUCAUAGAGCAAAUUUAAUAGGUCUCCCAUGCGGUUCUUAUGUUGGUGAUAGUAUUAGUGAUAUUAUUAAUAAUAUCCCUAAUAGGCCAAAUAAUUCAAAUAUUACUGAAGUAAAUAGAUGUUGGUUUAAUUGUACAAAAGUGUGGAAAUAUCCACUUUGUGGUUCAGAUGGAAUAACAUAUAGUAGUUAUUGUGAAAUGAGAAAUGCAUUAUGCAUUGAACCAGAUUUACGCCUUGUAAAAAUACCUGGUGUUAAAUGUGAGAGUGUAUUUCAAUUUAUUAGACCAAUUGAGAUUGAUAAGUGUCAAAAUAGUUGUACUUAUGGUAAUGAAUUAUUAUAUAUGUGUGGAAGCAAUCAUAAAACAUAUUAUAGUUUUUGUGAGCUAAGUAUUGCAAUGUGUCAUGAACCAGAAAUAUUUUUAUUAAAACCUAUGGGUGAACCAUGUUCUAUAGAAGAUAGACGCCCAGAUUUAGAAGCAAAAGAAAAACUUUAUAAUACAGUAUAUGAUGAUUAUUACUCAAGUUUACAUUUUAAUAAUACUUCAGAAGAUUUACUUAAUUAUAAUUAUCUUUCAGAAGAUAACAUUGAUCAGCCAUACAAAGUAGUUGAUAGACAUAUUGAAUCCGAUAUGAAAUCAGAUAUUUUAGAUAUGGAUCAAGAUUUUAAUGAUUAUAAUGAAAAUGAUCUUAUAAAUUCUAGAAUACAAGAGAUUUAUGAUAAUAAUAAUAAUAAUAUAUUAUCUAGAAAUAAUAGUGGAAUUUAUCAAAUUGAAAGUAAAUCAAAUUCAACAAAUUUUGGCAUGAAAUUAUUAGGAGAUUGCGAUUUUGAUUGUAGUGAAUCUCCACUUAUUCCACAUUGUGGUAAUAAUAAAUUAACUUAUAUUUCUGACUGUGCCUUUCAUAGAGAUAAAUGUAGAGAUUCAAAAUUAAAACUAAUAUCUGAACCUGGAAUUCCAUGUUCUAGUAUACCGGAUUAUCAGAUAUCAAUUUAUAGACUUAAAAAGUGUGCAAGAGAUUGUUCAAAUGCUCCAAUAACAUAUCAUUGUUUGAAUACAGGACAGACAGUAAAUAGCUAUUGUGAAUUUUUAUAUAUGCAAUGUUUAUAUCCUAAAAUAAAAAUAGGAGGUCCUGUAGGAAUUCCUUGUGACGGUAUAUAUGUAUCAAGUAAUAUUAAUACACAAAGAAAUAUUUGGUAA